AUGCUCAAACCCAAACCCCGCCAAAUCGGUUUUCAAAACCCCAACAACCAAUUCCUAUCCCUCACAGGAAAACUCCUCCACCUCUUGAAACAAUGCACCUCCAUCAAAGAACUCCAACAAAUCCACACCCAAAUGCUCAUCAACUCCAUCCACAAACCCACUUUCCUCCUCCCCAAACUCAUCGACCUCAAACACUUCCCUUACGCCUCCACCUUCUUCUCCCACAUCCCCCAACCCAACUCGUACGCUUUCAACCACAUGCUCCGCGGCCUCACCACCACCUGGCACUUGUACCCUCAAACUCUCCACCUCUAUUACCAAAUGAAGUCCCUUGGUCUUUCCCCCGACAACUUCACUUACCCAUUUCUCUUCAUUUCGUGCUGGAAUCUCUCCGACGCUUGUCUCGGCCGUGCCGGACAUUGUUCGGUGGUCAAGGUCGGGUUGGGUAGUGAUUACCAUGUUUGUCAUUCUCUGAUCACCAUGUAUUCCAUGUGUGGGGAGCUGGGGUGCGCGCGGAAGGUGUUUGAUGAAAUUCCUGAGAGAGAUUCGGUGUCGUGGAACUCGAUGAUUGCUGGGUAUGGGAAGAUGGGGCGGGCGAGGGAUGCGGUGGGGUUGUUUGGGGAGAUGAGGGAGGCUGGGUUUGAGCCGAAUGAGAUGACUCUGGUGAGUGUGCUUGGGGCGUGUGGGGACAUUGGGAAUUUGGGGUUGGGAAAGUGGGUGGAGGAGUUUGUUGUGGAGAAGGAGCUGGAGCUGAAUUCUUAUUUGGGGUCUGCGUUGAUUGGGAUGUAUGGCAAGUGUGGUGAUUUGAGUUCGGCCAGGAGGGUGUUUGAUAGCAUGAAGAGGAAGGAUCGUGUCACUUGGAAUGCCAUGAUUACAGGGUAUGCUCAAAAUGGAAUGUCAAAUGAAGCAAUGAUGCUCUUUGAUGGCAUGAAAGAAGCAGGUGUUAUCCCUGAUAAGAUCACAUUGGUCGGAAUGUUGUCUGCAUGUGCCGCAAUUGGUGCCCUGGAUUUGGGGAAAUGGAUCGACAAAUAUGCAUCUGAAAGGGACUUUAAACACGACAUUUAUGUUGCUACUGCAUUAGUUGAUAUGUAUGCUAAGUGUGGCAGCUUAGCGAAUGCACUAAGAGUGUUUGACGACAUGCCCCAGAAAAAUGAAGUUUCUUGGAACGCCAUGAUAUCUGCCCUUGCUUUCCAUGGGAGAGCCCGUGAAGCAAUAUCCUUAUUUGAGCGUAUGACGGUAGAAGCUGGGGCGGCUCGUCCAAAUGACAUCACGUUUAUUGCAGUACUUUCUGCAUGUGUUCAUGUUGGACUAGUUGACGAAGGUCGUCGACUGUUUCAUUUAAUGAGCACAGCAUUCGGGCUGGUUCCGAAAGUAGAGCACUACUCCUGCAUGGCUGACCUUUUGUCACGUGCCGGACACAUACAUGAAGCUUGGGAUUUCAUCAAGAGAAUGCCUGAAAAACCGGAUGAAGUUACGCUGGGAGCAUUGCUUGGUGCCUGUCGAAAAUGUGGAAAUGUAGAUGUGACUGAACAGGUAGUACAGCUGCUUAUGGAAUUGGAGCCUUCAAACUCUGGAAACUAUGUUAUCCCAUCAAACAUCUAUAAGGGCUUAAAAAUGUGGGAUGACUCAGCAAGGAUGAGAGCGUUGAUGAGACAAAGGGGUGUCAGCAAGACUCCAGGCUGUAGCUGGAUUGAAACUGAGAAUCAACUUCAUGAGUUUCACGCUGGUGAUAAUAUAGUGGAGAUCUCUCAAGUACUUCAAGUAUUAUAUGAGGAUUUGAAGGAUGAAGGUUACAAACCAGACAUUAAUGCUGUCUAGAGUAUCAAUGAUUGCAAAAAAUGCUAUUCAUUCGGACAACCGAACGACAUGCUUAUAUUUUGGGCCAGUCUGGACAUGCAUAGAAAUGGAUUUGCACAUGACUGCAGAAGUGGAACUUGAUGAACCAUUGCUCGGACCUUUAGAGGUUACAGGGAAAAUAAGACUCGUACAUAUCAGAAUGAAUGUGCAAGGUGGAGUAAGUAUUCAGAAGAUCUCUGAAUGGAGAGUGGUCGAGUCUGGCUACUUCUCGCGCGAAUGCCCUGAAAGAUCACCAGAAAAAGACCUGCAACUUCACAAGAGUUAUCCAUCAUGAUCAGAUAUUCAUAUCUCUGCCCUAGUUACUGAACGUCUCCCAGUUGAUGAUGUAAUUCGAUUGGGUGCUGCAUGCAAGAGUUGGCAGCAAGC